AUGGCUUUGAAAUCGCAAUCCACUUCCGACAAAAAUGUCUUCUUUGGGAAAAAGAAGUUUCGAUUCCGAGUGCAAGCAAUCGGUGAGGGAGGUUUAUCGCGCGACCAAGAGAUGAUGGGAGGGCUCGGUGGUGAUAUUGGCGCCAGAGACCCGACGGCGGGGGAAAUUGGCUCGAACUUUGGCACGAGCACGUUAGGUCACGCGGAUACGGACCACAUCGUCAAAGCGACUGGGAAAGGGGCGAAGAAGUUGCAGGAUAUGACGCUGUUGAAAAACCGGUCGAUUCAACAGUUACCAGCGGAUGCCACGGCGUGCACGUUAUCGGACGAGGAGAUUUAUAGAAAACAGUGCGUGGAUUGGAAGGUACGACCGAGCAACAAAGAUUCUAUCCCGAGGUUACGAUGGGAGGUGACGACGACGGACGGGGAGAAGUUCGCGGCGAGAUGUCAAGCGGUGGCGAGCGAAGCCGGAUGGCCGGUGGAAACGACCGCGACUGGUGAGAAGGUGUUGGUGGAAGUGCACACGAAAGACGUGAAAGGGUUGACGAUUAACGACUUCAUACUAGCGACGAAGAUUGAAGCGGACGAGGAGGUUGCGGCGAUGAUUGUGAAGAAGGCGAAGGUGGUCAGGAACUGGAUUUAA